AUGCGGUCACGCUCUCCCACAAGGAAAACGACAGACUUCCAGGGUGUGUUCUUCUGGCGGAUCAAUCAAGCACACUACGAUGGAGCAGGUGCCGCUGCCGAGAGAAUUGUUCUCGCCACGCUCGAGAAGUUUGGGAUUGCUCGGGCUGAUGAGCCUGCAGGUGCUCGACUUAUCUGGGCAAACUGCUUUGAGCCGAAGCUUUGGGCAUCAGCAGGCUCCGUGGAGCUCUCUCACAAGCAUCGCCUUUGUGAGACUUUGACACGGUACGGAAGCAGGUACCUUCCGCGAACUUUUGUUUUUCCACAAGAAGAAGCACUCUGGCUUCAGUUCCUUGAAGACUUCGAGAAGCAUAGCAGCUCAGAAGGGCCGGAUGAAGAGAAAGCCGACUUCGAUGCAUUCAACCCAUUCGGGUCCCACUGGAUCGUGAAACCCGGUCGUGGAGGAGGCGGCCGGGGAGUUCAGGUUGUCAGCUGUCACACUGCAGCUGAUCUGCAACGGGCAACUGCCCUGAUCAAGGGGUCAAGUUCGGCCAAGAGCCCCUCAGUAGUGAGCCGCUACGUUGAACGACCGCUCCUGGUCAACGGUAAGAAAUGCGAUCUACGGCUUUAUGUGCUUGUGACCUCAUUUGGAAGCGGCGGUCACGGAAUUGCAGCUACUGCAGAGGAUUCCACUCCCGAGAUGGCCACCGAUCUGAAAGCCUACAUCUUCUCUGAAGGCCUCGUUCGGUUUGCAAGUCAGCCGUUUGCCAUGGCGGCUGCUUCUCUUCACAAUCCUUGCAUCCACCUCACCAACAACGAGGUCAAUGCGCGAAACGCACAUGGACCCUGCCUCGGGAACUGGAGCCUGUCCAGCUUGCUUGCAUGGCUCAGUGCCCACCCAGAGCCAGGACGACCAGAUGCUUCGGAAGUGUGGCAGCGGAUCCGUGCACUUGCAUGGGAUGUGCUGCAAGCACCAAGGUCCUUGAUCGCACAUGCUAUGACUCAGCUUCCUCAUGGAGCAGAUGGAAAGUGUUUUGAGUUGUUUGGCUUUGAUGUCCUGCUGGACGAGCAGCUAUGGCCAUGGCUAUGCGAGGUCAAUGGCAUGCCCUCCCUGGGUGUGGGUGGCGAAAUAGACCUAACUGUCGACACAGCUAUGCUGACGGCCAUGUUUGCGCUUGUGUUGGACAAGGUGCCUGAGGUAGCUGCACGUGGAGAUCCUGCUGAAGCAUUUGAGCUUCUCACCCCUCCUGCGGCUUCACCGUCUGCUGCGCAGUCUCAAAGUGUGCAGCAUGCGCUGAUGGCAUACAUUAUUGGGGCUCAAGUGUGGGGCCGUGCUGUAGGUCCCCGUGGCCGCCAGCGCUUGCAAGAUGCAAGCGGGAGGCAGCCGCUGAUGUGGCUGGCCAAGAACGUGCUCGAAAUUCCUUCCGCACCGGCCCGGGAGAUCGACGCAGAAGCAGACUGCAAGGAUGUCUGGCGGGGGUGCAUGCACAAGCUCUUUGCUCAUCCAAUGACGGCAAAGUCGCCGGCAGUGGCCUUGAUCAUCGGACUUGCAGUCGGAGGGCUCCACACUGUGGCAGGACCUGACCAUUUAGCAGCACUGGCGCCGUUGGUGAUUGGCAAGGGGCGCUCAGUGUUUGCAGCCUUUGGCCUAGGAGCACUCUGGGGCUCGGGGCACGCCACCGGACAGCUGAUCAUCGGAAUUGGCUGCCUAGCAGUGAAGAUGGGCCUGUUGCAGAUGCAUGUGGCUCAGGUUCUGGAGCAAACCAGCGGCUUGCUAGUGGGUGCUUCCCUGGUAGCUAUCGGGCUGCUGGGCUUCAAAGAAGCCAAGGACUACGAUGCCGCAGAGGAAGCCGCAGCCGACCAGAACUAUGGAUGGGCAACAUACGCAACCGGCGUCGUGCAUGGGCUUUCGCUGGAUGCAAUCAUCUUCAUCCUUCCAGCCUUCUCUUUGCCACGGUUUUCUGCUGUGGUGCAUGUGCUCGGGGUGGUCUUCGGCACCUUGUUCUCAAUGGGAUGCUACACGACGGUGCUCAGCCUCUUCUUCCGCAAGUCGCCCAGGCUGAAGCUCAUAUCGGCUAGCGCUUCGUCGGUUUCCCUCCUCUUGGGCCUCUGCAUCUUGAUGUCCUGCAUCGGGGUCACCUUGCCACUCCCUGGACUUUGA